GAUUAGAUAGCAUGUUGAUUAAUGCUGCGUACUAUCAAAGCUAUUCUACGGCUACUGUUAUCCAGUAUAAAGGCGCCGCAACGCUGGACUAUUUCCAAGUUUUAAUAUAUCUGCAAAGGUUUGUGUGGUGACGGCGCGUUAAAAUCUCCAGACCGUCACAGAUUGCUCGAGAUCCAAACCGAAAUCCAACUUAUACACUAUAAGUAGAGUCACCCGUCGCUGGGCCUGUGUCAGUCGUUGUGCAGAAGUGAAAGUGAACAAAUACCGCACCAUCCUAGCAAGAAACUCCAAUGAUACACGCAUGCGCACCAAAGAAAAUACGUCACUAUAAAAUAAAAAGUCUCAGCGCCUUCACUUCUUAGCUAGUGCUCGAACCGUCAGCAUGGCUACGAAAAGAUCUUGGCUGUGGUUUAUAUUAGUCCUUGGUGUAGCUUUGGCACAAGAAGAAGAACAAGACGAAAAUGACGCAACAGCGGAAGAGCUAUGUCAAAACAGACCAGCAGAUGAAUAUUUUAGGUUAACGACAGACGGUGACUGCAGAGAAGUAGUUAGGUGUGAUUUUAAUUCUGACGCAAAUGGCGUUACUCGUCUGGCGUCGGUGCGUUGUCCGGGGGGUCUCGCGUUUGAUCUAGAUCGCCAGACCUGCGACUGGAAAACUAAUGUCAAAAAUUGCGAUAGAGUAGAAAAACCUAGGAAAGUUCUUCCCAUUUUAAAGACUGAUGAACCCAGAUGCCCUGAGGGCAAACUUAUGUGUGGAAAUGAGGAAUGUAUAGACAAAGACCUUUUCUGUAACGGAAAACCUGAAUGCAAGGAUGAAUCAGAUGAAAAUGCAUGUGACGUGGAGAACGAUCCUAAUAGAGCGCCCGACUGCGACCCGACGCAGUGCGUCCUCCCGGAUUGUUUCUGCUCCGCCGACGGAACCCGGAUCCCCGGAAACCUGGAACCCGCCAACGUGCCCCAGAUGAUCACUCUGGCCUUCAACGGCGCCGUCAACAUUGACAAUAUCGACUUGUACGAGGAGAUCUUCAACGGAGCUCGCGUCAACCCUAACGGUUGUCAAAUCAGGGGCUCCUUCUUUGUCAGUCACAAGUACACCAACUACUCGGCCGUGCAGGAUCUGCAUAGGAGGGGACACGAGAUUGCGGUAUUCUCCAUUACCCACAAAGAAGACCCCAACUACUGGUCCCAAGGCUCUUACGAUGAUUGGCUGGCCGAGAUGGCCGGAGCUCGUCUGAUCAUCGAGCGUUUCGCUAACAUCACCGACGGAUCCAUCAUCGGAGUGCGCGCCCCCUAUCUGCGUGUUGGCGGUAACAAACAGUUCGAAAUGAUGGCAGAUCAGCUCUUCGUCUAUGACUCCUCCAUCACCGCGUCUCUCGGCAGAGUUCCCAUCUGGCCUUACACUUUGUACUUCAGGAUGCCACACAGGUGCAACGGAAACGCCCACAACUGCCCUAGUAGAAGCCACCCAGUAUGGGAGAUGGUCAUGAACGAAUUGGACAGAAGAGACGACCCCACCUUCGACGAAUCGCUGCCAGGUUGUCAUAUGGUUGACUCCUGUUCCAAUAUCCAGUCUGGAGAGCAAUUCGCCAGGCUACUGAGACACAACUUCCACCGCCACUUCAACAGCAACAGGGCACCCCUUGGACUCAAUUUCCACGCUUCAUGGUUGAAGAGCAAAAAGGAAUUCAAGGAAGAGCUGAUAAAGUUCAUCGAAGAGAUGUUGGCGAGAAAUGACGUCUACUUUGUCACACAUUUACAGGUAAUCCAGUGGAUCCAAAACCCAACGGAAAUCAACGGCCUUCGUGACUUCGGUGACUGGAAAGACAAAUGUGACGUCAAAGGACAACCUUACUGCUCUCUACCCAACUCCUGUCCCCUUACAACCAGAGAACUCCCAGGAGAAACAUUGAGGUUAUUCACCUGCAUGGAGUGCCCCAACAACUACCCUUGGAUCCUUGACCCCACGGGAGAUGGAUUUUCAGUUAGGAAAUAAUUUAUUUUGAACGAAUGAAAAAUAACAGUAAGAAGAAACAACAUUUUCGAGCAGCAAUUCUUCGGGCUACGACAUGUGAAAAACAUUGAUAAUUUAAUCUCCAACAUUCCAGCCUAACAGCUGAUGAAGACAAAUGUAUCAGAUUCAUCUGAGUUUAUACGUACUUAGCUUUUCUUUUUGGGUUUAGAAAUACCGAAGAGAUUUUUUUAGCGUUCAAUCUUUAAUUAAAACUGUGAUACAAAAGUGACAAGAUAGAAAGAACGAAUGUGCCUUUCAAGAAAACUAUCUUUCAGAAUUGAUGCUCGAAAGUAUCACUAUUUAAAAGACUUGACUUGUGUAUAUAGAUAUUUUUGUACCUCUUUUCUACUCUCUGUGUGUACACACUUACUAUGUCAGCAACACUAGGACUUGCCAAGAUCCUACCUUUUUUAUACGUUUUUAAGUGCAAAAGUGUUAAGAUUAUUGUUAAAUAAAAAACAACUAAAAAUUGAACUACUGAG